UACUAUAAACCUGUUCUCUUCUCUAACGCGGUCUCUUCAUCAUCGCUUCAAAUAAGAAUCUUAAUUUUAAUUACAUAAAAAUCCAAAAAGACAAAGAUCUUUUUCUGAGUAGAGAGAGAAGUACGAUUCUCAUGGGUUCAACUCAAAAACUCAUCUCAUGGAUCCUACUGCUGUCUCUCUUCACAACGAUUCAACUAACGUCGUCUCAGCCCCAGCCCAAAACUCCACCACAACCACCACCGAUCUCCCCCGACGCAAACAAAACUGCACCACCAGGUCCACCACCACCACCACCGAUCUCCCCCGACGCAAUCCUCUGCAACGGCAUCUUCCUCUCGUACACUUACACAACCGGAGUCCAGAUCAAACCGAACGACACAAAGAGCCGCCAGGCGUACCGGUUCGAGUCCCUGAUCACGGUCCUAAACAACGGCAGAGACGAGCUCAAGUCGUGGCUCGUCUUCGUCGGGUUCGCUCACAAGGAGAUCCUCGUCUCCGCCUCCAACGCGAUCCUCGCCGACGGGUCUACCCUCCCCGUCAGCGUCGAGAACGGUACGACCUGCGGGUUUCCCGCCGCGGAUUUGAAGUCGGCGAUUAUGACGGCGGGUGACAUCACGCAGAUGGAGGCACGUGUGGAGCUCGUGGGUACUCAGUUUGGUGUUGCCCCGCCUGGUGUUCCGCUUCCUAAGAACAUCACUCUUCUUAACGAUGGUUGGUCAUGUCCCAAAGCCAAUAAACUAGGUGACAAUGUUCUGGAAGUAUGUUGCAUGCCUAGUACUAAAAACAAAACAGCCCCCACUCUUACAAAUUUUCUCCCAAAGCGAAAAGGAGACUUAACCAUCAUGUACGAUAUAACCAGACCAUAUCCAACAAGCUACUGGGCGCAGGUCACCAUAGAGAAUCACAACCCACUCGGUCGUCUCGACAACUGGGAACUAAGUUUCCAAUGGAUGAAAAACGAGUUCAUCUUCCAAACCAAAGGAGCUUACCCCAGCGUAGUAGAUUCAUCUGCUUGCAUAAACGGCCCGCAGGGAAAAUACUACACUGGAGUCGACUUCUCCAACGUCCUAAGCUGUGCGAAAUCGCCGAACAUCAUAGACCUCCCUCUGACCAAGUACAACGACUCAAACCUCGGACUUAAACCCUACUGCUGCAGAAACGGAACCAUCUUGUCUCCUUCCACGGAUCCGGACAAGUCCAAGUCUGUUUUUCAGAUGGAGGUUUACAAAAUGCCUCCUGAUGUCAACAUGUCUGCCAUCACUCCGCCUCAGAGCUGGCGCAUCAAAGGGAACAACCUCAACCCUGAGUACAAAUGUGGACCUCCCGUUAGAGUCAAGUCCAGCGAGCUCCCUGAUUCGAGCGGUUUGCCUUGGAACCGGACCGCAUACGCCAGCUGGCAAGUGGUUUGCAACAUCUCUCAACCGGCUCAGCCUAGCUGCUGCGUGUCUUUCUCUUCUUACCUCAACGACUCCAUCGUCCCUUGUAAAACCUGCGCUUGCGGAGGCUGUUCCGGCCAGAUAGUCGAUGGUAGAACGUGCAGCACUACUUCCCCAGCGCUUCUCCUACCUCCACAAGCUCUUCUCAUCCCAUUUGAGAACCGAACCGAGUUCGCUAAAAUUUGGGCAGGGUUGAAACACAGGAGCGUUCCAACGCCGUUGCCAUGUGGAGACAAUGGGGUCAGCAUAAACUGGCACCUUGCCACUGACUAUCGUCGCGGAUGGUCCGCUAGGAUCACGAUCUUUAACUGGGGAGGAACCAACUUCGCUGACUGGUCCGCCGCCGUCGAGCUGAAGAAUGCUGCGCCGGAUUACGAGAAGGCUUACUCCUUCAACGGAACGUUGGUUGCUGUCAACGGAAAGAACACUACUAUCUUGAUGGAAGGGCUUCCUGGUCUGAACUAUCUCGUUGCUGAGGUGGAUGGGAAGAACCCGAGUAAGGACUAUCGGGUGCCCGGUAAGCAGCAGUCUGUUAUCUCUUUCACCAAGAAACUGAAUACUAAGAUCAAAGUUGGGGCUGGAGAUGGGUAUCCGACCAAAGUGUUCUUCAACGGUCAGGAAUGUUCGCUUCCUUCUAUGCUACCUUCGAGCAGUGGUCGCACAGGACGUGGUGUCUACUACACCUUUCUUCUCUUGGUGUUAGCUCUCUUGAUUCUUUGGGUUUAGAAAGAGUAUAUGAUGUUAAAAACUACUAGUG